CACCAAUGGAGAUUGAGCUGAGUUGGAGCAGAGAAGUUUGAGUAAGAGAUAAGGAAGAGAGUGGCCGAUCAGCAUUGACUCCGACACUGCAGCGUCUCCUUCACUGAGGAAACUGGACGGAUCUACAUCAGGGACAGCAGGGGCAAGCAGCACAGACAGCACAGCAUCCUCCUGGGCUCCUUAUUGCACAGCACAUAAACUAUUUCAUUGUGUGUGGGGAUACAGCAAGCUGACACCAUUUCACUGUGGACAUUACACCCUCUUACAGAUAUGGGUGACAUGGGAGACCCUCCAAAAAGUAAGCAAGCUAUUUGUUUUUCCUUUGCUGUGAGUUUUGUGCCCAUACCCAGCCCUGCAAGAAUGAUGGUGCACUGCAUGUCUACACUGCAAUGAAGGAGGGGGGAUGAGGGGGGGUACUUACCUGGGUGCUGUCAGUGCCAAGGGGUAAGAGGAGGGGGUGUGGGAGGGUGAUGGUGGCUGGAAGCUGUUAUCUCAAUGAGGUACCUCAUUUCAGGUACAGGAACUAAAAUGCUACCUUGAUGAUAUUGCUGUGAAUUGGAUAUAUAUAUAUAUAUAUUUAAAAAAAUACAUUUGUGUGUAAGUACAGGUACAUUUAUAUAUUUAUUUAUUUAUUUAUUUAUUAUGAUUUAGAAUUUUAUGCAUUUGGCCAUUUAAUAUGAAUCCCUCUCCUGCAUCUGGGAGUUAUUACAGGCAUUUCUGCAAGUGAUUAUUAGGAUGCUGUGUAUGUGUGUGUGUGUGUGUGUCUGUGUGUGUGUGUGUGUGUGUGUGAUCUGCCAAUUUCUAUGACUGUAUUAUGUGUGACAGCAAUCCUGGCACAGGGUAUGCUUCAUUUGAACAUCCCUCUUCUAAAUGCUAUAAUUUCCCUAAAUACUGUCAUGUAAAACACAAGGGCAGAUCGCUUACCUUCAUACACACACUUUAAAUCAAUCAUGUUUGUGUGAUACUCUGAAGCACACACACACACAAUCAAAUAUAUAUAAUAUAUAAUGUAAUAUAUAUAUAUAUAUAUAUAUAUAUAUAUAUAUUAUACACACACACACCUUAUGUGUGUCUGUGUGUAAAUAAAAUAAUUGCAGUACAUAUUGACAAUCCUAGUCUCCAUUUAAAACAUGGUCCGCCUCCUUUUAAAUGAGUCAAAGGUUUGAUGGCACACAUCAAUUAUCAUCUAAAAAGUGGGAUAUACUUGUUUUUGUCUUAAUACCAUGCACACACAUACAGCCUCUCAGUGCACGCCCUGCAAAAAGUGUGUUUAUCUCUGUAGGAGAGUAAACGGUUAGUCAAUCAUGUAUUUCUUUUUUUUGCAGAAAAACGCCUGAUUUCCCUAUGUGUUGGCUGCGGUAAUCAGAUUCACGAUCAGUAUAUUUUGAGGGUUUCCCCGGAUUUGGAAUGGCAUGCAGCCUGUCUCAAAUGUGCAGAGUGCAAUCAGUAUCUGGAUGAGACCUGCACUUGCUUUGUUAGGGAUGGCAAAACCUAUUGUAAAAGGGACUAUAUCAGGUAUGCUGAAUCCUGGACUGGUUUAUUUACAAUUUCAUUUCAAUGUGCUCUUUAUUUUUAUACAAUACUGGCAUUAUAUCUGGCAUUAUAUAUAUUUUUUUAAUUUUUCUUUCCUUUAUAGAAACAGUUAUAGCAAUAAAAUAAUAAUUUCAUAAGGUUACUAUUUUAUUUAGAUCACGCUACAAGUCAGGUAGUGUUUGCCCAUUUUAUUUAUAUUGUUUGUUUGUUUGUUUGUUAAAUGUGUAUAUGUUGAAUAAUCAAUAGAAUAUUAAGUGGUUUCUUUUCUCAAUAAUGAAGUGACAUUUCAGGAUAAAUGCAUUCUAUACACCUUAAUAAAAUUAUGAUAAAUAUAUAUUGUUUUUUAGUGUUACAUUUUAUAAUAUUUAUACAUUUUUUUAUUUUACGAAAAUUGUGGUUAAUAUUAAAUAUAUCCAUUUGAUCAUUUGUCAGAUUGAUAUUAAUAUAUAAUUAUUAAGAUGAAGUCCUGAUAAAAUCAAUGACAUUUAAUCUUAAAAAAUAGCCCUGUCCCAGUGUAUGAUUGUCUCCCCUCUUAUCUUAUCUCUGUUGAUGAAUUGCACAGAACAGAUCAAAUUGCCCAUCAUCCUGCUGUGAACAAUCGGGAUAUUUAGAUAAUGGGAACAGCUUCCUUCCUCACAUUAAAAUCUGGGAACUGAUAAACUCCUCCAGUUGCCUGUCCUGACACCACACAGACCCAAACUGAGGGAGCCGCUUACCUUUAUUUAUCAGUCCUUUCCAAAUUGUAGCCUACCAAAAAUACAACCCACUAUCCGUAAAAAAAAAAAAAAAAAGAAGAAGGAUAAGAAUAAUGGGGAUUUACAAAGUAAAAUCGUAUUCUUCAAAUGCACACGAUACAAUGUAUACAGGCAAAACAAUAAUAUUUAUAUUAUUACCGUUAUAUAUUAAAAAAAAAUCCUGUAAAUUACUCACAUUAAAGUGUACACGAUUUAUAGAAUAUAAUUAAUUUCCAACUACGUUAUGUUUGGGGUGCAUUAUUUCUUAAGCACGUUGUGUGCUUAUAUUUAAUGUUAAUUUUAAAUAUGACGAUAUUAAAAAUGUAAAGAUCAGCUUCAACAGAGAAGAAUUUAAAACUGUGUGCAUAAAUUAAAAAAAAUCAAAAGAGCAAAAUAAUAUCUUUAGAUAUCGAGAAUAAGAUUUAUAUAUAUAUAUAUAUGUGUGUGUGUGUGUGUGUGUGUGUGUGUGUGUGUGUGUGUGUAUAUAUAUAUAUAUAUACUGCAUACUUUUAAUAUUAUAAUCUACAGACAUAUACUAUUAUAUAUAGACUACAUACAUAUAACAUUUUACAUAGAAUUGUAACAAAUUAGUUGCUGAAGAAACCACGUGGCUUAAAUGAAACCUGUCUUUAUCAUAAAUCAACAGUUUAGUUAAAUAAAAGAACUGUCGAUCUAGGGCCUGAAAGGCUUUAUUCACACAGACUGAAGCCAGACAUUAGAGGUAAGCGAGCCCUGCUCUCUGUGUGUACUAAACUCAGUCUAUUGGCUGACAGAUUAGCAGGGGUACACACACUUUGAGACACUCUGGGAUGUUUCAUACAUGUGAAGUCUGAAACAUAUCAGUGAUAACAGUAAUAAUUCCAUCGUUGGAGGAGAAACCCACAGAACGAUCCUUGUUCGUAAAAGAACACUGUGUAAAAAAAGAGAGAAUGAAAGAAAGAAAAUUACAAACAAACAAACAAAAAAGAAUCCAUGCUUCUUCUAAUCUGCCAGACAGUAUAACCAGGAAAUUGGUUAGCUAUCUAUCACAUACCAAAGGGUGGCUGUUUUUUUUUAUGUGUUUUUUUUUUUUUUCCUUCUUUCUUUUUUUAGGUGUAGACAGAGCUGGGUGUCCAAACAGUGGGAGCAGAUAGGUUACACACACAUACACAAAUAGUUAAAUAUAGAUAGAGCAAGUAUAGAUAAGGCCAAGGACUUUCAAGGAGCCACUUGGAUCUGUGUUCUAAUAUGAGCAAAGUGAGAGAUCUGACACUUAAUUUCUUUUUCUUUUCUUUUUUUGUCCUUUUUGUUUUUCCUCCCCCUUGCCCACCCCACCACCAUUGCAACUGCUCCCACCGUGCAGGUUAUACGGGAUCAAAUGUGCAAAGUGCAAUAUCGGCUUUAGUAAGAAUGACUUUGUGAUGAGAGCCAGAUCUAAGGUGUAUCACAUCGAGUGUUUCCGCUGUGUGGCCUGCAGUCGCCAGCUCAUCCCGGGGGACGAGUUCGCUCUGAGAGAAGAUGGCCUUUUCUGCAGGGCAGACCACGACGUGGUGGAGAGAGCCAGCCUGGGGGGCAGCGACCCUCUCAGCCCCCUGCACCCUGCAAGACCCCUGCAGAUGGCAGGUACUUCCUUCUCCCGGAUUACGUUUCAUGCUGCCUGUCACAGGAGAAUGGGGACAGUGCUAGACUUCCUUGGGAUUACCUGAAGGAUCUCUCUCUCCUGCUCUCAAUACUGCUUCAUUCCAAUCACCCAUGACUAGAAGCCAAGGCAAUUUUAUUUUUAAUUAUUUUUUUCUAUUUUUUUAUUUUUUAUAAUUUAUGGAACUGCUAAUCUGAUUUGACACAUUUAUUAUUAUUAUUAUUAUUAUUAUUAUUAUUAUUAUUAAAUACGUAGAUACAGUAAAAAAAAUAAAUAUAGCUGUAAAGGAUAAAGCAAAAUUAAUUUAGAAUUUGAUUGUGUUAUUAAAAAAUAUAUAUCAGCACUUCUUAAAAACUCGAUCUAAACGUGUUCAGUGCAUGAAACGGCAAGGCAAGCAAAGGGUUACAUCCGAGAAGCAGAAAUAUAUAUAUUUUUUCCAGUUGUGACUAUGUACAAUUGCAUUGCAAUGCAAUGUUAUACGAUGUGUCUUGCUGUUUUGUAUCCCCUGGCCUUGUGGUGGUAAUCCGACACCCCUAUAAAGCUGCAAAUGGUUAAUAUAACAGCAUUUACAUAUAAAUAGACGAGAAAGGAGAGAUAAGUAUACCUGCAAAAAGAAAAUAUAUACAAUUAAAUUCAGUUAUAUAUUUUAAAAAAGAAGAUAAAUCUGAUGUGAAAACUUAGUGCACGAUUAUAAUGUUUUGUUUCAAUUUUAUCUUUUUUUAAUUUUAGUUUUUGUUAUUUUAUUUAAAAAUAAUAAUAAUAAUAAUAAUAAUUUAAGAAUCCUUUUCAGUAAGACUUGGAAAAAUUGAAGGCAGACACUUAGCCUGUAAUUUAAAACUGUCAACAAGCUAAUCUUCAGUAAUUGCCUGCUAAAGCGAUCUUGCACUUUUCAAACAUAUCUGGUGAUUUGAUAAAAAAAAAUAAAAAAAAAUUGGGUGGUGUAACCCCAUACUACAUCUAAGAGAAGAGAGAGAUCCUACAGUAAAAUACUGAGCAGAAAUAGGUCAAUGUUUUUUUUUGUUGGUUUUUUUUUGUUUUUUUUUUGUUUAAUGCUAUGGUUGUCUUGUAAGCACUGUGAGGAAGAAAAAAAAAAAAGCAAACCACAAGGAUCACAUAGCAGAGUUUGGAUAAACUAGUUGUUUUAAUUCAAAAGAGAAUUUUCCAGUCCAUUUAUGACUAAUUGAAAAGAGAUUGUAUACAUUUAUCCCCAUUGCAAAGGCUUCAAAUGACAUUCUUACCAAAAUACCUGUUGGGGGAGGGACACACAGAAAUUCUGAUUCCAUACAACUGAUUGCAAAGACAUGAAACCCUAGAAGUUUUUUGGAGACUGAAUUCCCCAUAAUGCUUAGCCUGCCAAUAUCUAGGGUAGCUAAAGACAGUGCUCAGCUCUAUUCCUUAGCCUGCUCAUAUCCAGAGUUUUGCAAUGAGAGCUGAAGGGGAUAUACUGUGUUUUUGGUAUCUGGGCAUAUCUUUUGCAAACAGAACAGCUUACACUGUAACCACAUAGCUGGAAACAAACGCGUUUACACCACUUGUGCCGCUUUAUUGUUCUAUGUUAUCAGCUUAACCUAAUAUUUAAGGAGAAAUGCUGUUUACAAUUGCAUUGUACUUUUAUAUCUUGCCUUAGUUAGUCUGAAUAGCACCUCUUACAUAGAGAUUUGUUCUGCUAGUCACUAUUUCAAGGGAAAUUUGACUUUCUAAGAUCACAAAACCCUUUUUUUAAUUAUUAUUAUGAAAGGUUAAAAUGUCUCCUUUUAUGCCUAUAGAUAUGGGAAAUGAUUGCAUACUAUUACACAGCUUUCAGCAUUUGUGAGGCUUAUAAAGUGACAAAGGCUAUAUUGUAUGUUAUAAUGUAUUUAACUGAUAAUAUUAAUCUAAAUGCAUAGAAAAGACUGGGCUUGAUUACUUAAUGCAUAAAUAUAGAACAAUAUGUAUACAAUUUUGGGGGGCUGUUAAUUCACUAAACAGUGAGUCUGGGGCUUGAUUAGAAAUGUUCUUAAUGUCGAUCAAAAUAUCCAGGAAGAAUAAAAGUAUUUUAGAAGACUUGCAAUAUGCAUUAUAAAAUAACCCCCAAGAUAUCUGAGAUUCAGCAGAAUUUAAAUUUAUUUUUAUAAUUUUCUUUUUUUUUUUUUUUCUAAAUAAUGUAAGUUGAUUCUCAGCUGAAGACUAUGUGAGUAGUUACUGUGAGUUCAUAAAUGACCUUAUUGGUUCAUUCAUUUUACAGCAGAACCCAUUUCUGCCCGGCAGCCCGCCCUAAGACCCCACGUCCACAAACAGCCAGAAAAGACCACCCGGGUCCGAACAGUCCUUAAUGAGAAGCAGCUUCACACCUUGAGGACCUGCUACGCUGCCAAUCCCAGGCCUGAUGCUCUAAUGAAGGAGCAGCUAGUGGAAAUGACUGGGCUUAGUCCCAGGGUCAUCAGGGUCUGGUUUCAAAACAAGAGGUGCAAAGACAAAAAGAGGAGUAUAAUGAUGAAGCAACUCCAGCAACAACAACCAAACGACAAAACUGUAAGAGCCUCCUUUAUCUAGGUACUGAGACAUUUUAACCCUUUGAGUGACAGUUCCAAACCAACCAGUUACUCUCGCACCUGCUGACACCCAAAGGGUUAAAGAGACUGGGGAAUAUUCUAUCAUUAAAAUGUUAUGUAUUUUUAUUUAUUAUCAAAUAGAUCUGCUGAGCUAUUGUCAUCAAUUAACCGUUAAAUGGCCAAGGGCGGUGAACAAUGCCUUUUUGCCUCCUAAAUGGUUUACAGGGGUGAACAAUAAGCUGUCACUUGGUCCUUCUGACACUCGAAAAUAUAUUUUAAACGACUUUUUUCCCUUUCUUUGCAAGUGGAAUUGAGGGAUGGUUACAGUCGCUGGGCCCAUCUAGCCCUCAGUGGGUUAAGUUUAUCAUGCAUGCUAUGAGUGGGCUUUAUAACUAAUGCUUUUGUUAAUCUGUUAUCUUUAUAAACCCUUUGAAUGCCGAAUUGGGUGGGCAUUUAUGUGCUGCUUAGUUACCCCCAACCCUUACGGCAUCACGUUAUGAGAAGGCUUUGCUAUGACUAUACUAUAAACCAUAUACAAAUAUUGUUAGAUAGGUUUUGUAUUAACCCUUGUAUCGCCAAAGGAGUCCAACCAUGCUGAAGUCACUAUUUCUCUAUGACAUAGUAAAUAGUGCCUUAGUUUACUAAACAUAUCUUGUCCUAAACGUACUUUAACAGUUAUGCCUUUGGAUUCGUUGUCUUUUAACCCUUUAAAAUGAACAUAUUUAAACUUUGGUUUGAGUCAGUGGGCCAACCUGGCACUCAAAAGGUUAAAUGGGUGGUGGGGGGGGGGUUAAUCUGGUGCUAUUGAUAUAAUGCCUUCAGUGUGUGCUUUUGGCAAAUACAGGUGUUAAUACUGACCUUUAUUAACUCUUGAAGACAGAGGAUGAGGGCUGCGUUACAUACACACACUUUGCAGAAUGUGAAUUGUGUGUACUAUGAAAUGCGAUUUUAGUCCAAUGUUAAUUACACCAUCUACAGGACUGUAGUAUCCGCCCAUGAAUGCUUGAUUUAUUUAGGAAUGUUCUAUGUUUGCAUCCCCUGACUUACUGCAAUGAUAACCACACCUAUCACUCCCUUCCCAUUAAAAAUGGCCAUUUUGAAUUGUGGUUUUACCUUUCACUCUUGAACUCAGAAUAAUAAGAAUACAGUGCUAGAAUACUAAUACACAGUGUUAAAAUGUCUCUGCUAGUUUAACAGACAUACACGGAUUUAACUAUCUCAGUGCCAGAAGCCACAUAGUUCCUCAGGGUAGCCCUGUCUAGCCUAAAGAUCUCGUUCAGAUACGUAUUUUCUGUGUUUAUAUCAUACACAAAUCAGUGUUUCCAGCUGAAAUUCCAAAUAGCAUUCUAAGCAAUGCAUUUCCACAUUUUCAACAUUGUGUCAGUCAGUCCACACUAGCAAUCAUGCAGGUUUUACACCCACAUGGUGUGCUUUACAAUAGCCAGGAGCUAUAUGUGACAGGCAUAGGGGAAGGUCUCCGGGAUCUGUCAUACUGUACCUUCUCUGGACACUUUUUCCUUGUGCAUGCCACACCUGGGGUUAUUAUGUUAAGUAAUCACAAACUAUGUUACUGAAUAUGAAUUGUGCAACAUUAUACCUAAUUCUCUAGAAAGCUGAUUGUCACAAAAUAUCCAUCCAUCUAUCCAUCUAUCUAUCUGUACAUUUUUUGUUUUUUUUUACAACUGUGGUUGCUGAAGGAGUUAUUUCCCAAAUAACAUGAGUGGAAGACAGAUUUGAAGAUGCUGCAGUUAGUUCCCUGACCCCUAUUCGCUGUUGCUGGUUAUCACAAAUUGCCUCUAUUGUCCUUCACAUGGGUAGCAAUUACAGGGAAAUUAAAGGUCAUGCUUUCCUUUCAGAAUAUUCAAGGGAUGACAGGAACCCCUAUGGUGGCUUCUAGUCCCGAACGACACGACGGCGGAUUACAGGCGAAUCCUGUGGAGGUUCAGAGUUACCAACCACCGUGGAAGGUCCUCAGUGACUUUGCACUGCAGAGUGACAUUGAUCAACCGGCUUUCCAACAACUGGUGAGUCUUUACUUCAUGGUCUAAAUGGGCUCUAGGCUGGGGGAGGGGGUUAUCAUUCCUCUGGACUGUAACUCCCAUCAUCACCAGUCAUGCUUGUAUAUGGGUUGUGCUCAGUACAGUCAUGCAUGGAAUUGUGAUAUGUAAAUUACAUCAAGAAACUUAUCAAAUAAGAAAAACUACAAAUGUACUUUUAAAAUUCUCUAACUUACACAUACACCCCCAAAUUAAUAGCAAAUAAAAUUUCUAGUAUCUUCAUUUUUCUAUAUGAACUCAAUGGGGGGAUAGCCAUUUUUAAAAUAUCUGGUGAAAGAAUUACCCUUUAAAAAUAUUGCAAAAGUGGGCUCUGUUAACUAAAUAAAAUGUCUUGGUGAGUUGACAGCUAAAGCAAGAUGUCGACCAAAAUAGCUGAGUUGCCAAUCUUUAGAUUCUAACUCUGCAAUUUUCAAAGACAAUUUGCUUGUUGGUAGUCAGCCUGCCACAGCUCACUAUUUUAGGAAUAAAAUACGAUUUAUUCAGGAAACCUUCUUCUGCAGCAUCAAACCCAAAACGUGCAAUGCAAUACAAAUAGGAAUUAUUAGUAUCAAUGUUGUGCUUUGUAAUAAUGUAAUAUGUUUUAAAGAUUUUAGUAUGUGUUUGACUUACAAUGUAAAUAUUAUUUUCUGCUAAUUCCUCUGUAAUCUAUGAUGACUGUAAUUUUAAAGGGAGGUUCUAGAAUGCCUAGUACCCCACCCACGUUGACAAAAAAAUAAAAUAAAAUAAUAACUUUAAAAGAUGUAUUCCUUAAACAAUAAACCGUGUAGAGUUAAAAAUCGAAUCUUAAUAUUCAGAGUAAUAGAGCCAAAAUGGGAUUACAGUGCAGUUGGACAAUUUUUCUUAAUCAAUUUUUUUUUCCUUAAAAUUUCCAAUUCAUCUUUCUACUCCUACCACUUAUUAUUUAGUGAAUAAACCACUUUAUUUUUAGUAGAAAGGCUUGUUUGCUAAAUAAACAGGGUCCCUCAAAACCUACAUUUUACUUGACACCAUAUAAACCUGAUUAGUUAUUCACUCAUUCGCUUUUUAUGAUUCACUCACUUCUAAUGAUUCUCACUGGUUAAUCUUAGUGCUACAUGUGUAAUAAGAAAUUCUGUCUGUACACUUGGUAAAUGAAAUAUCAACCUCUUCGGAUGACCAUUCUAGAAUUUAUGAAGUCUUCAUGUCUAGAAUUUUUUUUCACACUUUCUAUUUUUUUUUUCCUUUUCUUUUCCUUUCCCCCCUUCCUGUUCUGCUUCUAAUGGAAGACCUGUUUCUCACAGGUAAAUUUUUCAGAAGGAGGACCAGGUUCCAAUUCGACUGGAAGUGAAGUGGCCUCAAUGUCUUCACAGCUACCGGACACUCCAAAUAGCAUGGUAGCCAGCCCCAUCGAGGCAUGAAAGGAAUGGACUCUGAUUUUCCCCCAAAACUUUUGGAAAUAAAACGGGAAGAAUAUACUCUUGGACUUCAAUACAGUAUUUUAUGAACCAACUGAUGCAGCCAGAGCCUAUAGGAAACCCAGGAAGAUGCACGGAGUCCAUCCGGAGAUGAUGGAAGGUAGCAACACUGUGAAGACAAUCAUGGGAUAUAUAUUACUAGGAUUGAACGACCUAAAAAAAUAUUCAAAAUGGUCGAGGAAUAUAGCAAGAAUAUCACAUACAAUAAAUGGGGCUUUGAGGAAUUAUAUCUGUUGAUCUUUGGAGGAAAAAAAAGAGGAACCAAGGAUUAAUCUUGAUUGCAACCCUUAGCACAUUUUACAACAAACCCAAGAUGGAGAGAUAACACACACAUCUUCUUAAUCCGAAUGGUGCUUAUCUCACAUCACUUAAUCAUUGCAUUGCCAAACAGGAGCUCUGAGAGGUUUGAGGCCAGCCCAGACUAUGACCAAGUUAAAUGGACAUUGACUUGAGGGAUCUUCUGGAGGAUUAGAGGUGCAGUUUGGAUACAUCAAUUUGCAAUGUUCUAAACAAAUUGUAACAAAUGGGGAGUUGCUAAAAUUAUAGCAUGUUAACUGUUUUUUUUUUUUUUUUUGAGAUCCUUCUUGUCUUUCUCAUGAAGUCCAAAAAAAUAAAUAAAUAGAAAAAAAAAGUUGAAAACCACAACCAAACUACAUAUACAACAACUAAAGACAGGCUUAAUUAGAUUAUUAUUUUCAAUAUGCUUUUUCCCCCAAAUCAACUCUAGGAAGCAUUGCAACAACAAGGUAUACCUCUUUAAACACAAAUAUCUCCAGUUUGUUUGUGAUUCUUGUUAGUCCAAGAACUUUUUCCCUCCCCCCCACCCCCAAAGAUGUGUAUAGUUAUUGGUUCAAACGACUGUUUCUCUCUGGAAAUAAAGAGGAAUGAAACUUUUUGUUUGCUCUUGCAUUGCAAAAUUAUAAAGUAAUUUAUUAUUUAUUGUCGAAAGACUUGCCACUUUUCAUGUUAUUUGACUAUAUUUUUUUUUUGUUUGCUGAAGUAAAAAAAAAAAAAUCAAGAAAAAAAAUGUUGUAUGUGAAUUUGUGAAUUAUAUGUCUAUGUCUGCAAUUUUGAUUUUUGUUUUCUUACAUUUGAAAUAAUAUGAAAUAAAAAAAGCCAUAUCUAGACAAUGACACUGAACAGGGGUUUGAUCACCAGUCUAUACCUGAUAAGGAAUAUGGGAAUCUCUAAGUAAUCAGAUCUCUACCUGUAACCCAGCCUCUCUGCAUGUACUGUUUCCAUUUGAUAGGAUCCAGGUUUAAAAUACAG